AUGGGAGGGUUGGGAGGUUGCUGUCACUUUAUGAGUCUGCAGCCCAGAGUGAGAUUAUCCCUGUUUUCAGAGGACCGUGGCCAACUGGUCGCAGGGCCCCCGCCUCUCCCACACCACGCGGACCUCGCGCCUCCUCAGCAGCCGCGAACGGCAGCGCCUGGCACGUUCCUGGAGGACCCCGGACGCAGAAGAGGAAAGGGAGCAGGCGCAGGGGGACGAGAAAGGCAGCAUGCGCCCCCCAGGAGCAGCCUCGGCGCCCACGGUCUGAGGCUGCAGCCCCAGUUUGCCAUUGUGAGCUGCCACUGUGGGAGCCCGCCCGCGCCGCCGUCCCCCUGGGUCCCUGUCAGCGCCGCGAUGGGGCACCUGCCCACGAGGGCGCGCGGCGGCCGCCGCCUCCUGACUCUACUCUGGCUCUUUGUGCUGCUCAAGGAUGCUACAACUUUCCAUGUAACUGUCCAAGAUGACAAUAACAUCAUUGUCUCUUUGGAAGCUUCAGAUGUCAUGAGUCCAUCAUCUGUAUAUGUUGUGAAGAUAACGGGUGAAUCCAAAAAUUACUUCUUCGAAUUUGAGGAAUUCAACCGCACUUUGCCUCCUCCUGUUAUAUUUAAGGCCAAUUAUCAUGGACUUUAUUAUAUAAUCACUCUGGUCGUGGUAAAUGGAAAUGUGGUGACCAAGCCAUCCAGAUCAAUAACUGUUUUAACAAAACCUCUGCCUGUAACCAGUGUUUCAAUAUAUGAUUAUAAGCCUUCUCCUGAAACAGGAGUCCUCUUUGAGAUUCAUUAUCCAGAAAAAUAUAAUGUUUUCACAAGAGUAAACAUAAGCUACUGGGAAGGUAAAGACUUCCGGACAAUACUAUAUAAAGAUCUCUUUAGGGGAAAAACAGUAUUCAAUCACUGGCUACCAGGAAUAUGUUAUAGCAAUAUCACCUUCCAGCUGGUAUCUGAGGCAACUUUUAAUAAAACUACUCUCGUGGAGUAUAGUGGUGUCAGACAUGAACCCAAACAGCAUAGAACUGCCCCUUAUCCGCCUCGAAAUAUUUCAGUUCGUAUUGUGAACUUGAACAAAAACAAUUGGGAGGAACAGAGUGGCAGUUUCCCGGAGGAAUCAUUCCUGAGGUCACGAGAUCCAAUGGGAAAAGACAAACUCUUCCAUUUUACUGAUGAAACUCCAGAAAUACCCUUUGGCAACAUUUCGUCUGGUUGGCCUGAUUUUAACAGUAGUGACUACGAAGCUACAUCGCAGCCAUAUUGGUGGGACAGUGCCUCUGCAAGACCCGAAAGUGAAGAUGAAUUUGUCAGUGUACUUCCCAUGGAAUACGAAAAUAAUAAUACACUCAGUGAGACUGAGAAAUCAACAUCAGGCUCUUUCGCUUUUUUCCCUGUUCAAAUGAUAUUGAGCUGGUUACCACCAAAGCCACCCACUGCCUUUGAUGGGUUCCAUAUUUACAUAGAAAGAGAAGAAAACUUUACUGAAUAUUUGACAGUGGAUGAAGAAGCACAUGAAUUUGUUGCUGAACUGAAGGAGCCUGGGAAAUAUAAGUUAUCUGUAGCAACCUUUAGUUCCUCAGGAUCUUGUGAAACGCGAAAAAGUCAGUCAGCAAAGUCACUCAGCUUUUAUAUCAGUCCUUCAGGAGAGUGGAUUGAAGAAUUGACUGAGAAGCCCCAGCAUGUAAGUGUUCAUGUUUUAAGUUCAACCACUGCCUUGAUGUCCUGGACGUCUUCCCAAGAGAAUUACAACAGCACGAUUGUGUCUGUGGUAUCGCUGACAUGCCAGAAACAAAAGGAGAGCCAGAGGCUUGAGAAGCAGUACUGCACUCAGGUGAACUCCAGCAAACCUGUUAUUGAAAAUCUGGUUCCUGGUGCCCAGUACCAGGUUGUGAUGUACCUAAGAAAAGGCCCCUUGAUUGGACCACCUUCAGAUCCUGUGACAUUUGCCAUUGUUCCCACUGGAAUAAAGGAUUUAAUGCUCUAUCCCUUGGGUCCUACAGCGGUGGUACUGAGCUGGACCAGACCUUACUUAGGAGUGUUCAGAAAAUACGUGGUUGAAAUGUUUUAUUUCAACCCUGCCACAAUGACAUCAGAGUGGACAACCUACUACGAAAUAGCAGCAACUGUCUCCUUAACUGCAUCCGUGAGAAUAGCUAAUCUGUUGCCAGCAUGGUACUACAACUUCCGUGUUACCAUGGUGACAUGGGGAGACCCAGAAUUGAGCUGUUGUGACAGUUCCACCAUAAGCUUCAUCACAGCCCCAGUGGCUCCAGAAAUCACUUCUGUGGAAUAUUUUAACAGUCUGUUGUAUAUCAGUUGGACAUAUGGCGAUGACACAACUGACCUCUCCCAUUCUAGAAUGCUACACUGGAUGGUUGUUGCAGAAGGAAGGAAGAAAAUUAAAAAGAGUGUAUGUUUCUUCAAAUCCCAACAUUGGGCACCUGCAGUACUUUCCUGUGACUGCAGUAACAAAUUACCACAAGCUAGGUGGCUUAACACAACAGAAAUGUGUUCUCUCAUAAUUCUGGAGGCCAGAUGUCUGAAAUCAAGACUCUAGGAGGAAAUUGUUCUUUGCCUUUUUCAGGAAUUUCUGGGCUUGCAGCUGCAUAGCUCUAACUUUGCCUUCCUC